AUGCAUCCUCCUGCCUCCGCAAGCCCUGACUCGAGUGCGUCCAUCGAGGCGCAGCGAGCUCGAAAACGGCCCAAGAUUCGAAGGACCACUUUCGCCUGCGCGCGCUGCCACAGGCGUAAGAUUAAAUGCGAUGGAAUGAAGCCGGCAUGCUCCAACUGCGUCCAGGCCAAGCAACCGUGCAACGGCAUCCUCGACGGCGAAUCCAAGACGGUCAUCCCACGCAGCAUAGCCCAAUACCUACAAGAGAAGAUCGCGGAGAAGGAGGCGUACUUGCAGAAGCUGGGUCUCGAUACCGAGAGCGACCCUUCCGCUCCUACCGCCACAUUCGGUGGGCCGCCGGAGGAGCGCCCGAGAACACGGCACCUGCAGAGAUGGGACCUGGCCACAGAGGCUUCGCGGAGCUUCAGCAAAGCGCUCGGUCGGUCAUUGCUUUCGUCUGAGGUCAAGUUCCCGACCGGCACCUUCCUGUUUGCUUCAUCUCACCUUCCGUCGGCCACUCCUCUACCUGUAGAUGCCGAGGUCAAAGAGGAAUAUUCCAAGCCGAGAGGAGGAGCCACCGCUCUGGACCAAAUCCCGAAGGCCGUUGCAGAGCGUCUCGUUACAAAUUACACUGAGAAGAUCGCGCCGUUGUAUCCGUUCAUGGACCGUCAGGACCUCUGGUUGCGCUUCACCCGGGUUCAGAAUGCUCAACAGCCUGGCGCGACUCCGUCUUCCACAUUCGACAUAUUCAUUGUUUCAAUGAUGUUGGCCAUUAGCAUCAUGACGUCCAAGUUCAACGACUCCUCGAAAGUUGCCUCUACUAGUGAAAGGCUCUUUCAAUGCGCUCUCCAACAUGCCGAGACGCUUUACAACACAUCUUUCGAAGCACUCCAAGGCACAUUGAUAUUGAUUCAGUAUUCAUAUCUCAUGCCCCGAGCUGCCAGCUUGUGGGAUAUUGUCGGUUUAGCUGCAAGAAUGGCAUUGGAGCUCGGUUUGCAUCGCGAUCCCGACGAACUUCCAGGUAACCCUUUUACAGAAGUCGAAAGGGAACGACGAAGAACUGUCUUUUGGGUCUUCUACGCCUAUGAUCGGUCGAUAUGCGCCACGAGCCAUCGCCGACUUGGUGUGUCCGACGAAUCCAUAUCCACCAAAUUUCCAACCGGAAUGGACGACGAGUAUUUCAUCGAAAAUGUCCGCUUUCGACGUAUUCAAUCCGAACUAUGGACGGUAAACUACUUGCGCCGGGGCAUGCCUCUGCUGCCCGACGAAAACAGCUACGCCGCAUGGGUACAGGACAUUGAGAACAGGAUGAUAACGUGGCGGAACGAAGCAUGCGCCAAAAAGCCGGCGCGUCGAGAAUGGUGCGAUAUAGCUGUCUGGCACGGUUUCGUCUUUCUCCACCGGCCGUGUCCGCGUAAUCCCCAUCCGUCCAUGGAGUCAUUGAUCAAGUGUUUUGAAAACGCCACGCAAGUAGCAGCCGGCUACUGGGAGAACGCACACAGCGGCUUCCUCAAGUACAGCUGGCACGCCGUCCACCAUGGCUUCGAGGCGGCCAUCGCCAUGUUGUACACGAUCAGACACUGCAAAGAGCAACUCAAAGAGCGCUACGGCACGCGCAAGAUCCUCGAGACAGUGCACCUGUUCAGCUCGCUCUUCGUGCUGAUGAGCGAGCGCUGGGCACAAGCACACGCAAGCCUAGAGUCCUACGAACGGUGCAAGAGCGUCGUAAUGCGGGAG